AGGAGAGCACAGUCUCAGCAGCUGUCUUGCUUGGUCUGCACUUCUCCCAUGGCUCCUGCAGCCUCUCUUUCUCUCUGUCUGUGCCUGCUGCUGGCCUCUGGCUUUGGGCAUGCAGGCAAGCUGCUGGUGGUGCCCAUGGAUGGUAGCCACUGGUUCACCAUGCAGAUGGUUGUGGAGAAACUCAUUCCCAAAGGGCAUGAGGUCGUGGUGGUUGUUCCAGAGGUGAGUUGGCAACUGGGAAAACCACUGAAUUUUACGGUGAAAACGUAUUCAGUUUCUCACACUCAGGAGGAUUUAAAUCGGGAAUUCAACUUUGUUAUUGACUCUCAGUGGAAAACUCAACAAGAGGGCGGAGUUCUUCCUCUACUGACUAGCCCUGCCAAGGGUUUCUUCGAAUUACUGUUUUCACACUGUAGAAGUUUGUUUAAGGACAAGAAGUUAGUGGAGUACUUGAAGCAGAGUUCGUUUGAUGCUGUGUUUCUGGAUCCUUUUGAUGUGUGUGGCUUAACUGUUGCCAAGUACUUUUCUCUCCCGUCCGUGGUCUUCAGCAGGGGGAUAUUUUGUCACUAUCUUGAAGAAGGCACCCAGUGCCCCAGUCCUCCUUCAUAUGUCCCCAGAGGUAUCUUGAAACUCACAGAUACCAUGACUUUCAACGAAAGAGUGUGGAACCUUCUCUCCUACAUGGGGGAGCAUGCAUUUUGUCCCACUUUUUUCAAAACUGCUACCGACAUUGCCUCUGAAGUUCUCCAGACCCCGGUGACUAUGACAGACCUCUUCAGCCCAGUGUCCAUUUGGUUGUUACGCACAGACUUCAUGUUGGAGUUCCCCAGACCUGUGAUGCCCAAUGUGAUCCACAUUGGAGGGAUCAACUGCCACCAGGGGAAGCCACUUUCCCAGGUACAUUAUCUUUCCUCGCACAUGAAGGGAGGGGCAGCUCUGGGUGAUGAAUUUGUUCCUUACUGAACAGUGGUUGGUCAU